GGCGGGGCCCCGGGGAGGCGGCCGAGGCGGCGGCGGGCCGGGGGCGACAUGGCGGAGGAGCAGGACCUCUCCGAGGUGGAGCUGAGCCCCGUGGGCUCCGAGGAGCCCCGCUGCUUGUCCCCGGGCAGCGCGCCCUCGCUGGGGCCCGACGGCGGCGGCGGGGGGAUCGGCCUGCGAGCCAGCCCGGGGCCGGGAGAGCUGGGCAAGGUCAAGAAGGAGCAGCAGGACGGCGAGGCGGACGACGACAAGUUCCCCGUGUGCAUCCGCGAGGCCGUCAGCCAGGUGCUGAGCGGCUACGACUGGACGCUGGUGCCCAUGCCCGUGCGCGUCAACGGCGCCAGCAAGAGCAAGCCGCACGUCAAGCGGCCCAUGAACGCCUUCAUGGUGUGGGCGCAGGCGGCGCGCAGGAAGCUGGCCGACCAGUACCCGCACCUGCACAACGCCGAGCUCAGCAAGACGCUGGGCAAGCUCUGGAGGCUGCUGAAUGAGAGUGACAAGCGCCCCUUCAUCGAGGAGGCCGAGCGGCUCCGGAUGCAGCACAAGAAGGACCACCCGGACUACAAGUACCAGCCGAGGAGACGGAAGAACGGGAAGGCGGCCCAGGGGGAGUCAGAGUGCCCCGGCGGGGAGGCCGAGCAGGGCGGGGCCGCGGCCAUCCAGGCCCACUACAAGAGCGCCCACCUGGACCACCGGCACCCGGGAGAGGGCUCUCCGAUGUCGGACGGGAACCCUGAGCACCCCUCAGGCCAGAGCCAUGGCCCCCCCACCCCUCCGACCACCCCAAAGACAGAGCUGCAGUCGGGGAAGGCAGACCCCAAGCGGGACGGGCGCUCCAUGGGGGAGGGCGGAAAGCCUCACAUCGACUUCGGCAACGUAGACAUCGGGGAGAUCAGCCACGAGGUAAUGUCCAACAUGGAAACCUUCGAUGUGGCUGAGUUGGACCAGUAUCUGCCACCCAACGGGCACCCGGGCCACGUGGGCAGCUACUCAGCAGCUGGCUAUGGGCUGGGCAGCGCCCUGGCUGUGGCCAGUGGACACUCCGCCUGGAUCUCCAAGCCGCCAGGCGUGGCUCUGCCCACGGUCUCGCCACCUGGUGUGGAUACCAAAGCCCAGGUGAAGACGGAGACCGCAGGGCCCCAGGGGCCCCCGCACUACAGCGACCAGCCGUCCACCUCGCAGAUCGCCUACACUUCCCUCAGCCUGCCCCACUACGGCUCCGCCUUCCCCUCCAUCUCCCGCCCCCAGUUUGACUACUCUGACCAUCAGCCCUCAGGACCCUACUACGGCCAUUCAGGCCAGGCCUCCGGCCUCUACUCGGCCUUCUCCUACAUGGGGCCCUCACAGCGGCCCCUCUACACGGCCAUCUCUGAUCCCAGCCCCUCAGGGCCCCAAUCCCACAGCCCCACACACUGGGAGCAGCCAGUAUAUACGACGCUGUCCCGACCUUAAAGGGGCCCUGUCACAUCCCCCCAGCCCCUGGCUAGUAUGCCCUUCCCAAGCCCUCGCACCCAGUUCCUGGCCCAUCUUUGUCCUGGUGGUGGCUGGGGAGGAGGCGGCAGAGGCUGACAGCUGAGGGGAGGCUUUCUGUCGGGCUCACUGCCUUUGAUGACCCCACCCCAUCCUGUCCAGGCUCAGCCCAGACAAAGCCCUAGACUUCUAGGCUGGGCAGAGGAGGAGGAGGUUGGUUUUUGCCCCUAGACUGGACCAUGAGGGGCUGCACCUUCCCCCCAGGAUGACCCUCCAUCCCAGGACCUGAGAAGGACCCGCUCACCCUUUGGGAGGGGGAAGCACCCAGGGUCGGAUGGGAAUCGGAGGCCUUGCCAUUCCUGUGACUGUUUCCUCUUUCGUGGAGAACGAGGGGUCUGACAUAACCCAUGCCACCUGUGCCAUGUGCCUAAGGUCAAGGCCACCCCUGCAUCCGUGCCUGGAGUGGGCUAUGUCUGCCCCUCGGGGGCUGGGGACAGCUUUGAAUAGCCUCCGAGAGUGUGGAGGUGGGUGGGGGCUCAGUGGGAGGUAUCCCCCCCAGUGCCCGCUUCCCUCCUGAACACAGAAAGGAAUCAACUUAGAGACCCCAGAUCCAGUUCUAUGCCAACAGCCUGAUUUUUCAUCUAAUCGGAAAGAGGGCCCCAGGGCCUCCUCCACUACAGCCUCCCAGACCUUGAGGCACAUCCCGGAGGUGAGGAAAGGAUUGGAGACAAUUCACAGAGCCUUCCUCCUGGCUCUCCGCCAGCUCCCUCUCCCCUCACCAGGCUCUGUGGCCCCUGCUCUCGGCCCCACUCCUGGGCUCCCUGAGAGCUAUGCUGCUCGUGCCCAAACCCGUGGCUCCAGGAGGACAGGGGCCCAGCACCAGGUUGCUAGCAGCAGCUGAAGACACUAAACUCCUGCCAUGUACAUUCUGCCCUGGCCUUUUGCCCUUUGCUUCCCAGUGGUAUCUGAAUAAAGUAUGUAGCUCUGUCUGCCCCUAUGUUCCUGUUCUGCAGCCCCCACAAUCCACAUGUAACUCAUUACUACCCCCUCUUAUUUAUCUCAGUAGCUCCCCUUCCCCUCCCCCCGCUCCUAGGUUCUCCAGCUCCUAUUAACUCUGCAUUAAGUAUUCCCCGUAAUAAAAUUAAAGGUUCCAGCUA